UUGAUUUCAAACAAAUUUUAUCCAGUUUCAAUUUAACACAGUAUUUUAUUAUUAAAUACAUUUUUUCGAUAAUAUUCAAUCAUCAUUUAUCAUCAAGGAAAAGAUUUAAUGUUUGAGACCUUCUAUUUAUUACUGCCACCACGCGGAAACUAUGCCAAAUUUUGAUAAUAACAAGCUAUAAACAUAAACAGAGUAUAGUUUUAUUCUGACGUCAUCGCAUGUUUUGCUAACACAACACUUCAACACACGAGCGAGCACGAGUGAGUGAAAGAAGAGACAACGUGACAUAUGCAAUUUUCAGUGUUUUGAUUGACUGUGUUAUACGUGUUAUACGCUUUGUUGGUAUGUGUCAUGUUUAUGUACAUGACCAAAAUAUUGUGUGCAGAAUAGACUUUUCGUGGUGAUUUUCAAAGUCGAACCCGUUGCACAAUUGCACCAUAUUACGCAAUCGUCAUUAUAAUUGUUCAAAUAUAUAUAUUAGUGCAUGAUAAAGCUGAUUCGAGAUCUUCCUGCGACAAAAACAAUGUAGUGUUUUUCUUAUAUUUGGAAAUCAAAAUAUUUUAAUUGAAUCUGUGGGCAGUUGCCCAUCAUCUAUAAAAAUGGCUAAUCCAAUGUAUAAUAAUGACAUGUUUAUGGGAUCAAGCGUUACUGUGAAACAAGAGCCUUUAGGCUUAGAAAUGAAUCAAAUUUCUUCUGUGAGCAUGCCAAUACCUACGAGAAGGCCACUCGAUGUUUUAGAAUUUAGAGAUUUUGGUUAUGACCUUGAUAUAACUGAGUCUCCGAAUACUCAAUUUUCAGUUGAACAUUCAGGUUUCAAUAGUUCAUCAGUGCCUUCCACAUCUGGACUUUAUCAAACUUUAAGUCCUUCAGUAUGGGAUAGUAAAAUAGAUAUUGAAGGAAAAACUGAGACUUUUCGUAUGGAUGAUGAUGAUAUUUUUCAAGUGGAUAAAGCAGAUUUGAUUCAAGGUCCGACUCUAGCAGAAUUAAAUGCAAAUGAUGAUACUUUGCUAGAGGAUUUGAAUUUUGAUGAUUUGUUGUUACCUGAAGAGAAUAGUUUUUACAUAAAUUCCCAAGAUAAUGGAUCACAACUUCGUUUUCCAUCAUCUGGUUUGCACUUGAAUACAUUAAAUGGAAAUCUUCUGCAUAACAGUCCUAGUCCUGGAGGUUUUGGAACAUCUUCAUUUCAACAAUUAAACUAUUAUCGUGAUAGCUUUGAGUCUCCAACAAGUCCUUAUGAUCCUGUGGGAUUGGGUAACCGAUCAUUAGGCACACCAUUUUCUCCUGCUAGUCAACAUAGUUCAACUAGUUCUUUAUUGCAACAAUCUACGUCCUCAGUAACACCACCUUUAACAACUACUUUGCAACAAAAACACAGCACGCUUCAUGAAUUACUCUUGAAGAAAGAAGCAUUCUCAAGUGGGAGUAAUGAAAGGAAUGUUCUUGGGCAUUCUGUUCCUGGAAGAUCAAGUCCUAUGACUCUUAUGACCGGGGCUCCUGGGCAAGUAUCAUAUAGCAGACCAAAUCGAAUGUCAGGUCAGUCACGUUUAUCCACAUCUGCACCGACGCAUCUGGGUUUGGAUCAAAUUUGGCAGCGUAGAGAACCCAGGCAACACUUAUUGUCCACAGGCUCUUUAGCAGAAGCUGGAUCCACAUCAUCAUUAUCUACUGGAGGUGUCUUAAGUCCCGAAGCACCUGAUUUAUCACAUGAUGAAGGUUUUGAUUCAGAAGACGAUUCAGAUCAUUCAGAAGAAUAUUCAAGCGACAAUGAUACCGAUAACGAGGAUAAUUAUGGUCCCACUGGCCCAAAAAUGUCAACAUCAAGUCUCUCCAAAAAGGAGAGAUAUUUCUGGCAAUAUAACGUUCAAGCGAAAGGCCCUAAAGGACAAAGACUUGUAUUGAAAACUAAAUUAGAAGAUCCUCAUGUACUAAAUGAAGUAACAGAUCCAGUUUUUAGUCCUCAUUGUUCAGUCAGAGGUAUAAAACACAGUGGAAAGGCCAGGAAAGGUGAUGGAAAUGAUUUAACACCAAACCCAAGAAAAUUAUGCAAUAUAGGUAAAGAACUGGAUAAAUUAUCCAGAGUCAUCAAUGAUAUGACACCAGUCAGUGAGCUGCCAUUUAAUGUCAGACCAAAGACCAGAAAAGAGAAGAAUAAACUUGCUUCAAGAGCAUGCAGAUUGAAGAAAAAAGCUCAGCAUGAGGCUAAUAAAUUGAAGCUAUAUGGUCUUGAACAUGAACACAAGAAACUAUUGAAUGGAAUUACUCAAGUAAAACAAAUACUAUUAGCUAAAUUUACUAAUCAAGGCAAUAAAGAAGAGUUGAAUCAGCAUUUGGAGAAAGUUGUGAAGAACGCAACAAAAGUCAAGAUAGCUGGUCAUUCAACGGAGUAUGUGAACAAAGUGUUAGAGAAAGUUCAAGGUGGUGGCCCGAGCAGUGCGAUGGAUGAUUUUUAAUAAUCAGUAAGUUUAAAUUUUUAUUAAUAUCGAUUUUAGAGUUAUAUAUAUAAAAACUAUUGAUAGUCUUACAUUUAAGUGCAAAGAUUUAUACUGAGUAUUAUUAAAAAAAAAAUACAUGCACUAUGCUUUGCAUGCAUGUGCUAUGUAUUGUUUGGAGCGAUGGCGUGUAAUUCGACUAAGAUGUUUGUUAUGAAACAUAGUUUUUUUACAUCAUUUUAACAUUACGCAAAUAUCAAUUUAUAUCGUUGAAAACUUUAGCUGCGUUUUUAAUUAAUUUGAUAUGGAUUUCUUAUCAAUUUUGAUAUAACUUCAUAUUAUUAAUCAGUUAUAUAACCUUUUGGUUUGUGUUGUGGAAAAUAUAACUGCAAGGUUAGGCAGGUUUUCCGAGUAGUAUUUUCAUCAAUUGUUGAUGUUUGUCAGUCUCAUAGUGCUUUUUAUUCACCACUUCCAUUGCAAAAAUUUGAGAUAUUUAUGAGUAAUAAACAACAAAGUUGUAACUAUUUUAUUAUUGGAAUAUGGACUUAAUUUUGAAUUGUAUUUGUACCCGUACAAUUAUUAUUUUGAUGUUUUGAGUUGAGGAAAACAACUGUCAUCAGCCUUGUAGCUAAAUAACUUUUGUUAAUUUGUUUUGUCUAGCCACAAAUUAUUUUAUUAUGACAGCUUAGAAGAAUUCACUUCUGUAAGCUCCUCUAAUAUAUGCCAAUAUAAAGCUUGGAUUACCUUUUCGUUAUUCAGUUUAUUAGGUAAUAUUUCAGUCGACUUUUUAAGAGCUGAAAGACAUACGGUGGUAAUUUGCAUUCAUAUAAU